ACUAAAACUCCCACAAAUGCAAUAUGUUUCAUAUUUUUAGGUUCAACACUUGAUUACUUAAUUAACCUAAAAUAAAUAUAAAAAUGGGGGAAAAUGAAAAAGAAAAAUUAAUAAAUGAAAAUCAAAGUGAAAAAAAUUCACAGACUCCAAAAACUAUGGAAAAAUUAUUUCCGGAAUUUGAAAGUUUCGAUGACUAUGUCAAGGCGGGGUUCAGUAGCGUGGGAAAUGGAAUCAAAGCAUCGAACAGUUUGCCCAAGGGAGAGAACUUCCAAUACUACUCGUGUUUUUCGGCAUUCAAAAACUUCAGAAUCAAACAAACUAAGAAGAUUGAGAAUUUAAUGCAGAUGAUCGUAGCGAGGACUGGAGUCGCUGGCAGUAUGACAGCUCGGGACACUGAAGAGAAAUUUAAACUACUGAUAGACACCAAUGACAUUCUGUUGGACCGCACGAGUGUUCUGCUAGACGAAGAGGCGGGAAUAAAAAGAAACCCUGGUGUCGAGUUGAUAGUGACCUCCACCAAAAAUAACUGCGGGUCUUGGAACACGUCUACCUCAACUCCGAGCCCUAAAUCUUCAGACACGACAAAUGCGCAGGCAAUAAGACUGCUCGCAGCUAAAAAUGUCCAGCGACCUCAGUUGUCUUUCAAAGAUAAAAUUGACAACAGUUCAAAGCCCUGGGAGCCGCGGAUAAAAGACAAACCCAACAGUUUAAAGCCGCUUGGAAUUUAUUUAAUCGACGGCGAGAACGGUCAAGUCUUUUGUCAUCCCUACGAUUUUGAACUCGAUAGAUUUUCCCCUCCUGAAAAACAGUUGAUGAAAAUAAAGCCAGUUAAGUAUAAGCCACUUGAUGAAACUCCUCUGAUAAUGAUUGAGAAACCCGAAGAUUUGCAGAUAAUGCUCAAGGAUCUAGAGAAAUAUGACGAGAUAGCAAUUGAUUUAGAACAUCAUUCCUACCGUUCAUUCUUGGGGAUCACUUGUCUCAUGCAAAUAUCAACAAGAGACACUGAUUAUCUAGUGGACACUCUUUCACUACGAUCAGAGUUACAUAUUUUAAAUGAAAUAUUCACGAAACCAUCAGUAUUAAAAGUAUUUCACGGAGCAGACCUAGACAUCCAGUGGCUCCAACGUGACUUGUCGCUCUACAUCGUCAACAUGUUCGACACUCACCAAGCAGCCAAACACUUAAACUUGCCCUACCUCAGCUUGGCUUACUUGUUGAAGACUCACUGCAACGUGGACCCGAACAAACACUUCCAGCUCGCGGACUGGCGAAUCCGGCCUCUGCCCAAAGAGUUAAUUAAAUAUGCGCGUGAAGACACUCACUACUUACUCUACAUCAAAGACAUUUUGCAAAACGCUUUGAUUGAUUCCGCAAACGGUCAGACUAACAUCAUAAAAGCUGUUUAUGACCGUGGUGUUGAUAUUUGUAAAAAGAUUUACGAGAAACCGCUUUGCGAUGAGACCAGCUGCAUGAAUAUGUACCGGAAGAGCCAGAAGAUGUUCAACAACAAGCAGUUGUAUGCAUUGAAGGAAUUAUUCAUGUGGAGAGACGCUACAGCGAGGCAAGAAGACGACAGUACUGGUUAUGUCUUGCCGAACCACAUGCUGCUCAAUAUUGCUGAGACGUUGCCGCGUGAAAUGCAGGGUAUACUUGCCUGCUGCAAUCCUAUUCCGCCGCUGGUGAGACAGAAUUUGUUGAAACUUCAUAAGUUGAUUCUUAAAGCGAGAGAACAGCCGCUGAUUAAAUUAGUGCUGCAGCAGGAAAUAAGACCGCGAGUUAAUUUAAAUAAUCAGGCUGCUGAUUCUGACAUCUGGAUGUGGUCGCCGCAUGACAACAUGAGUGGAGAUGAAGUUCAAGCAAAUUUACCCUGUCUUAUUAAUGAUGAUGAUGAUAAUGAAGGCAGUAAUAUUGACACCAGUAGCAAAUUAAAUUUUAAAUCAUCAAAACAAAAUGACAAAGCAAAACACCAAGUUACUGUUUUUGAUAGCCCGAUUAAUUCUGAUGACGAAGGCUCGACGAGUACCAAAGCGAAACUUUUGAAAGCUAAGAAAUUAUUUGUCAGCCCGUUCCAGAGGUACAAGCUUGUAAUACCCAUGAUUGCGGCGCUGGAAGAAGAAGAACGCAAGAGGAAGGAAGAUGAGGAGAAACGAAAAGCUGAAAUUGAGAAAAGACUGGCUGAUGCAGAUACUGAAGACACUGCCAAGCACAUAGAGCGGGUUCGUGAACAUUUUUUGAAUGUUGUAAAUGCGAAACAAGAAAAAAAAGCUGCAAAGGAGUCUAAGGACAAUCUUCAGGUACCACUGAGCUCGAUACCUGGUACGAAGAAAAGGAAACGAGACAUUGAAGAGGAUAAAAAAAAUGUUAAAGUUGAUAAGACGCUUGAUUACACAACUCCGGCACCUGCUAGUACUGGUAAAGUUGUAGUUAAUCCUUUGAAAAAACGUCAGAGGAAUGAUAGCGAUGAUGAUGAUGUUGAUGAUUGUCGCCAGAAAAAGUCUCCUAAGUUAUCUAAGAAACAGAAAAAAGCGAUGAAUAAUUCGGUAAAUAAUUCUGGUGAUUCUGUUAAGGGAUUGACUGCUUUCUCUAAUUCUAAUUUGAAGCGGAAAGCACAGAAGUCUGCAAAUCGCCAAGAGCUGGAACAAAAGGGCAUGCUGCCUAAGAAAAAUUUUAAUUACAAAGAAGUUGACUUCAGCAGCUUUCAAGGUGGUAGCAAAACUAGUACUGCUAAAUCUGCGCCGUUUAUUCAACAACAGAACAAAGACAAGAGAAAAAAAGGAAAAGGAAAAAAGAAGAAAGAAAAAUUAGGAAUUUAAAAUACAUGUAUUAAAUAUUUUUUUUUAUAAAUAUGUAUAUAUAUUUAAUAUAUACAUAUAAAAUAAAAUAAAGUUUUAUCGAAU